AGUGGUAAUUGUGUUGCAAUGUCGUCGCUUACAGAUGUCUUGGAUCUAAAUAAAACGGAAUUGUUUGCUAAAAUACGCAAUGGCCUACCGAUUGUGCCCCAAACACAAAACCUGCUGGACUGUAAAGAUGAUCUGCUGUAUGCGUGGGACUCCAAUGAAUCCUGCCUGCUGGUCACAAAUUGGCGCGCAUCUUUAUUGCAACAGGAAGCGACGAAGCGUGCCAAAGUCAGCUAUCAGACGCUGAUUCCAUCGCACACAGUCGGCCUGCAUGUAGAGCGUGUUAACGCCUCUCAAGAGGGCUCCUUGGUGGCAUUGAGUGGACCGCGAGGUGUCUUCAUCUUAGAGGUACCUCGACGAUGUGGACCCGAUGGCAAUUUCAUGGACGGCAAGCCCUCAAUCACGUGUCGUACAUAUAAUCUGGAUGCGCAGCUCUUCAAGAGCAAUCCGCAGCUGGAGGUGCGACAACUGCGCUGGCAUCCGGAUUCCGUUUCCGAUUCGACGCUUCUUGUGCUGCUCUCGAACAACACAAUCCGGGUAUAUAAUCACUCAAAGCUGCGUCAUGUGUGGAAGGUUGGUCCACACUCAGUAAAAACAAGUGCAAAUAGCUCUCUAACAGAUUUCGGUGAAACGUCGGUUGAUUUUGACAUUGCACCCGCUGUUAAAUCUCGCACCACAGCUGAGACUAAAACAGAUGACAGCUUGGCCAAUAGUUCAACGGCAACGGCCAAAGCCAAAAAGGAGAAGGUGGAGUGGCCAAUUGUUGUAUUGCGUGAGAAUGGCAACAUUUACAUAUUACUCGCUGGGAUUGACUCUGCGAUAACACGUCUCCAGGGACCCAUUACAAUAACACCGCAGGCGAGCGCCAAUUAUGGAUUGGAGUCGUGUGCUCUGCAGAUUAUACCUUCAUUGCCGCCAACUGUAAUCAUUGCGGAGUCAACGGGCAAGUUGCAUCAUGCCUUGUUGCUGGAGGCAGAAUCUGCAGAGCUGUCGUUCAGCGAAGUGGAUGAUUUUUUGCUCAUCGAGCCAUCGGAAUGGACACUGCACGUGACCGAAACCGUUGAGCUGGAAUUGGGUCUCUCAGCAGCAACUGGCGACGCUUACAGCUGCCCCAUACACUUGAAACGAGAUCUUAUCAAUGAGAUGCGUUACUUUGCCUACCACAAUGCUGGAUUGCACAUCGUAACUGUGAACUUUAUAGCUGAACUACAGCGAUUUCUGGACAGCGAGGCAGAGGACAAUCAACUGAUUCUAACGACACCCUCGAGUGCUGAAUAUAUUCUGUGUACCAAAUUCGAUUCCACUGAGCACACAAAUCCAGUCCUUGGCAUAGCUCUUUUGCAAAUGCCCGCCGGACUUGUUCUAUUGUUGAGCAGCGGACAGGUUAUCAGCUUAAAGCUGGUCAUCGAUGCCCAACUGCUCGUUACAGUUCGGGAGAAAGUGCAGCAUACAUCUAAUGAUACGGCAGUGGAUCAGCAGGGUGGGACUUCAUUCGCGGACGAUAUCAAAGCGCUGCUGCAGCGUAGCGUAAGUCAGCCAAUCCUUGCGGACAAGCUGGCAACGCAAUCCGCCCACGAGCGUUAUGAGCUGCUCAAUCAGGCGAUCGAGGUGCUGCGUACCCAAUACUUCAAGCGACAUGAGCUGGUGCGCUCGGAGUUUGCCAAGCGCAUCAAUUGCAUCAAGCUGCAGAGGAAACAGCAGCUAGAGGAGAUCAAGAGUCUGGAGAACGAGCGAGAGAUUAUCAGUGAGCGAGCCCACAAGCUCGCCGAGCGCUUCGAGGAGAUUAGUGAUAACCAGGAGGUGCUCGUGCGACGCUGCCAGAAGUUGAUGCAGGAUGCGAAUGCCAAGCUGCCCAACAGCAUUCGUGCUGAACGUGAGUUUGCCUUGGAGGUGUCUCGUAUCAAUACAGACACCAAGACCAUGGCGGCCGCUUUGGACAAGGCCAAGAAGGGGUUGAGCAAACAGCGCUAUCAUAUUGCCAAGUCACAGGAGAGUGCCAAGACCGAUGCCUAUAAGCUGCCAGAGAAACAGCAUCGCACCAUCACCGAGAUCUUGACCCAGCUGUCCAGUGAGAUCGAGCGGCAGAUAACUGAUGCUAAGCGUAUAAAUAAGAUUAUGGGUGUAUAAGUGAAGCCUAAAUAUGUAUCCUAGGUUAAUUUCAUAUAAUGUAUUUGUGCUCCUGUUAAAAAUUGAAACAACAUUUUCAUAUUUGUAUAAUUAAAACUAACAAAAAUAGACUUGGACGUAGUUUUGGAUCACGGCUUAUAU